AGACUUCUUGAAUCAUUUUACAGCAAGAAACUCCCGAAGCGUGUCAUAGGAUUCGCUGCUGUAUCGACGAGUAAACCGAGGUAAGUUGAGGCUCACCAAUGUGACUUGCUUCUUAAACCUUAAUGCUUCCGCGAAGUGUGUUGGAGUAAAAGUAUUAAAAGGAGUCGUCCAAGGUUUAAUAUGGUCAAAAUUACUUGAAAAUCUGACUAGAGUCGUGAAGACUACCUUUCUCUAACUGCGACGAGUACAAAUGAGUGACGAAGUGAAAAUCAACUUGAGGUACAUAAACACUAUAACGGCCGUUUGCAAUUAAACCUCUCUUGCAAUCAUCUAGAUUUAUAAUUUCUUCCGUGAGUAAAUUAAGGAUGUAAAAUGCCGGCACAGACCCCUUUAGCAGGAUAUAAAUCUCAUAAAAAUCAUGAGAUAUGGUUCGAAGAAACUGAAAUUAUUUACUUUUCUUCUUUCUUCGAAUUAAUAUCAAGUACUGUUCUUCAAGAUAGAUGUAAGUCUCAGAUAUACCUUAAAAAGUACGCUUUAAAUGGAUCGAUCGCCAACGAAAAUUUCAAAAUCUAGUGCAACAAAGUUGUAUUCAGUUACCUCUUAUCCUCUCGAGAAAUCCAGUCGAUUCAAUUCCCAAAAUCUGAAAAGCUUCCGAGAAACCAAAACAUAACAUUAACCGCCUAAAAGAUCUGUCACGCAAAACUUCGUAUAGAUUUUCAUUUAUGUCCUUGUCACUGCUUUCGGCUUGAUCUCACGUAACUCUUGCAAACAACAAAAUAGAUUAAAUUAGGACAAAUGAAUCCCAUAAGGAUAUCUUUGCAUCAUUGAUUCGAGUCAAUUUGACAAUUUUCGGUCAUUGUUUAUCGCAGCAAUGAAAAAAAAAAUACACAGUUUUCGUUUUACUUAGAAAUUGCUAAGAAAACAAACACUUUUACGUAUUUAGGCCGGUUUUUAAUUACUUCACUUAUUCUCAGAAACAGUUUUUCGAUGCGUAAGUGCCGCUCUCACUAUGAGCGGUCUCCUCGACCUAUCGUCGAAAAAAAAGUUUUCUUUUAUUUUUUGCCCAUGAAAAGGGGUUAGGACACAUAUUUAAAAAAUUGUUUAGUUGUUCUUCGCGUCGCCCCAAGCCAAAACUGAUUUUUCGGCUAGACCACCCGUUUGGACAGCGAACAAAAGUAUAAAUUUCACAGAUUUUGUCGAGCGCAUAGCGACUGUAAUAGUAUGGCUCACGGAAUUCUAUCUUUCUACAGGUUACAAGAUGUAUUCAGUUAGUUCACAGACAAAAUAUGGAAAAUUCACCUGAAAUAUUUUUCAUACUAGCGUGGGGGACACCCUUCUCUUUGAUCUUAAUUUGCGUAUCAAAAAUUCACCAAUUUGUACGAAAGAAUUUUCAAAAUGCAGGCGUUAAUCGGGCUAAAAAAGCAUGUCUGCGCAUAUUUUAUACACCAAUAAGGUCACCGAUUGCCUCAAACACGCGGGAAUAUCACUAACUUUCAUCCACCAACUUCUUAAAAACAACGCAAAUCCAUGUGUUUGCUCAAUUGCGCUCAUGUCAAAGAUCAUUUGCAUAAUUUUAAAAAUUGACCAAGAUCUCCUUUAGACCAUUCAAACUUCGUUUGUUUAUCUUCUACGUUGAGGAUCUUAGGUUUUCAUAACAACCGAAUGGAGAAUACAUGCCGUAUAAGCCGAGUUGUCCUUAAACGUUGCGUAAACGUGAUCGGUCGUAACGCUUGAACGCUUGCGUGACUUACAAAGUAAACAAGGGUGAUCGUAAAGCGCCUUCUCGAUAAUCUUCGUUGAAAUAUCAGGUCAUGAACUACACACAGUGUGGAGAAGAUCAAAAUUUAAGAAUGAGAUGUGGUGCUCUGGUCAUUACAGACAUAUCGCGUAGCUUAAAGGACAUACAAACAAGUUGAAAUACGUUACAGUCUUACAAAGUUACAAAACAACACGCAUACACUCUGCAAUAAUGCGGGUAUCAGCGGCCAUCCCGAGGGGUCGACUCCCGGGCAACCCAAGGGCAACCCACGGGCUUAGCUGGGGAUUUGUAGCAAAGGCAUGCCCCGCACGCGGGGCAUUAGAGCGCUUUUGCAUUUUUGGCAAAAUACCCCGGGGCCAUACCCACGGGAUUUGCACGUAAUCUGCUAUUAUUUUUGCUUUCCUACAAGGCCCAAUGAGCGUAAGAAGUGGGAGGUUUUCUGUAAGCGAGCGGAUAAAAAAUUCAAGACACUCGGCGAUCCAAGAAUCUGUUCAUUGCAUUUUAAGGAAAGCGACAUCGAGAUUUCAAUUUCAUACGGUUAGUUCGCAUUCGAAGCGUUUUGCCGAUAGGAAGAGACAGUGUGAUGAACAACCGCAAGCCAAGAAAGUUUGCCCCAGAAAGCUCGAAUUUGAGGACUCCAUAGAGACUUGUGUGGAUUUUAGUGCUGAUGUGGCGUCAGUAAACCAUGAUCACUCGUACUUUUGCAUCGAGGAACAGGCAACACCGACUAUAUGUUGCCCAGGUUGCUCCAGGGGUGGGGGUAUUUGUCCCAAUUUUUUGCCCUACCCGAGGGGCUUUAGCAUGUAUUUGUCACGGCAGCUGUGACAAAUGCCCCUGGGUGCCCGGGGGUCGACCCCUCGGGAUGGCCGCUGAUACCCGCAUAAUUCUUGCAGUUUCUCCCGAGAUUUAGCGCACAGAACGCAAUGAAUCAGCCCUCCUUUCUGAAAAUUUGUUCACAUCAUUAAUUAUUUUACGUUGUUAUGGACCACAACGGUUUUGAGUGACAAACUCAACAUUUCCUUGCGACCAUCAAAAUCAAUUGGACAAACCCAGCUUGAUUUAUUGCGUGACGUUAUUAUGUUUAUUUUUCCCGUUGUCUUAUGACCUGUUUCGCGGGUUGUAAAAAGUGAAACCAAAAUUAGUUAAUGUAACGAAUUAGAAUCGUCAUUUGUUAAAGUGUGUCCUUUACAUUUUCAAUCGCUGUCCACACGGGUGGUCUAGCCUAAAAAUCAUUUUUGGCUUGUGGCAACGCAAAAAGAGAGAACUGGAGUACAACUAAACUAUUUUUGAAACACGUGUCCUAAACCCUUUUCAUUGGCAAAAAAUAAAAGAAAACCUUUUUUCGACGGGAAGUCGAGAGGACCGCUCUUAGCGAAGGCGGCACUUAAUUAGCUUUGAAUCCAACGUAGAUUUUGAUUAUGUGAAUAUAACCACGGUUUGCUUCGUUUUCAGAGUUUCUGGUCUGGAAACGAAAAGAUAAAUUGUAUAAUUGACCUUUCCUUAAAGACUUCAAGCCCUAUCAUUUAAAUUUUAGAGAAAAGAAACAGUUAUUUAACUCACUUAUUUUAACGUCAAAAGUUGGAAACUGAAAGCUAAUUUCUACUCAUUUCAUUUUUUCAGUCUCGUUUGAUGGCACAAUAUACCAUUAUUAACUCCAGGCUAGUGACGGUAUAAACACACCUGAUAUACAAUGUUGACUCGACGUCUGAAAACAUUUAUAUUUAUCACCAAGAAAUCACUAUGUAAGCCUGACAUACUAUGCCUACAGAUAUUUCAUGAUAUCACGUUUAAGGUACUUUCGCAGCCUACAGUCUCAUAAGCCGUUGCACAGAAUCCAAAAUGAGAAUUCUAUUGUGUAUAACCGUCAAUCAAGGCGAAAAUUUUCAGGGGUAUCUCCUUGGUGUAAGGCAAAACGGAAGGAAAUAAAGAGGAAUUGGUUUAACUGACUAUAAAUUAAGUAAGGCGAAUUAAAUAUCGACGCCAGCUUUUAUUUAACUAGUUGUCUUUUGAAUGACUCAGCCAAAAUUUUCCAUUAUUUAACCCUCAUGCAUGAAGAAUUUCUAAAAGGUGGAAAAAUGUGGUGCAAUAUUAAGUGUUAAAAGAUGUUUUUAGCUUGAUGCAUUUCAGCAUAGGUAAUACCAUGAUGUCGAGUGCGAUUUGGUGUUAAUAUGCACGAGUAAAUUUUUCAAAGACAACAAAAUUGAAAUUGCACGAUCCCAUGGGGCAAGCGCAAUUUGUAGUCUUUGACAUAUUAACAAGUGCUUAUUACCUCAAGUUGCAAGAGAAAUCAUGUUAUUACUUGCUACUAAUGUACGUGAAAAAACGUCACAGAGGCAAGAAAGACGAAAUUUUAAAAGCGUACACGCUAUUGGUAAUUUGCACUGGUGUCACAAUUUUGCACUCCUCGCGUUACAACUUUGCACUCGUGUUACAGGAUGCACUCGUUUUUAGCCAAUCCAAGGCGAGUAAUUUUUUCAUGUACAUCAUUGUCAAAGAAAUUUUCCAUGCGUUCAGUAUUUUCUCACCAAACUUGACAUAAAAACCUUGAUGUUCCUUCGCAGAAAAGUUUAAAACCAACCUUCUUUUAAAACCGCAAUGUCUGAACAAUGUGCAGUUCCCCUUUGUCUUCCGAACAACUGCAAAUGGGACGCACAGACAGGGGAGUACAGCAAGAGCGCUGGCCCCAGAGAAAGCCUUUGUGUUAUUGAAGCAGCCAUAGAGAGGCUCAAGAGCAUCAAAGGUAGAGUUAUCAUUCAUUAUAUAAUAAGCUCAGUUAUACAUGCAUUCUGAUUGGUUCUCACUUAUGAUCUAUUGGAGGACAGACGUAUAGAUGACGUCAUCAUUAAAACUCUUUUUCCGUAUAUUUUAAUUCUUUAUUAUAUAAAACAAAUAGAUUCCAAGUUGCCGUGCUUCUAUUCAGUAAGAGAUCACAGAGGACGUCAAAAUGUGGUAAGAACAUCAGUGACACUCGGCUGCGCCUCAUGUGCCACUUUUUUGUUCUUACCACAUUUUGACGUCCUCUGUGAUCUAUUACUGAACAGACGCACGGCAACUUGGAAUCUAUUUGUUAAAUAGAAUACUGCAUGAAUUUAUCACUGAGUGUUUCAGCGUAUUUUGAGAAGAUGAUUGACACAUCGAGGAUGACUACUUAACAACAAGAGAAAAAGAAAGAAAAAGAAAGAAGAAAAUGAAACGAACCAGACCAAGUAUAAAAAAAGAAAUACAAAACGCUUUAGAUAUUUCCGAUUUAAAUUAGUCUCAGUAUUCUCCAUACUGUUCCUAAGACAUUUCCUAAGGUGUUGACAAGGAGAAUUUAUUUAAACAUCAAGAGCUUCUUUAGUUGGUGAUCAUUUCCUUUAUUCUCGGGACCUUAAUGUGUAAUUCGGGGAUGAUAUUGUAAGGAGAAAUUAGAUGCAGGUCAUAGCAUUCUCUUAUCGUUGCCUCUCGUUAAUAAACUUGGGUCAGGGUCAACAAUACCUGUUCUUUUACUUCUUCAGGUCCAGUAUGCGUGGUUUCCAUCGCUGGUCCUUGUCGCAAAGGAAAAUCGUACAUCUUGAGUAAAUCAUUCGAUCAGGGAGAAGUGUUUCCUCUUGGACAUUUUCUGGAUCCGGAAACCAUGGGAAUCUGGAUGUGGAUUGUUCCAGAUAAGUUUAAGGUAUUUUAGAACAACAGAUUCGGUGACGAAAAAUACCCAAACUCUUUAACUACCGAUUCAAUCGGAAAAAUAGAUUAAGGAGCAAAGCAAGAUAUGCAGAAAAUUUUUAGCUUGAAAAUUGAGAAAGUCAGGACACAAACCUGCACAGCCGGCAAAAGUGGACCUGACAGAAACAUAGUCUACAUCUGUUCCUGGGUUUUAGAUAUACACCACAACCUGCAAAACUUAUGAUGGUUUUUCUUUACAGUCUUCUGAAAUUUGGCUGUUUCAAUAAAUAGCAUUCGAUUGUUGAGGUGAAUUUUAGUCAGAGUCCGUUCUUUCGUCACUAUUUUGUUUGAUCUACUACAAUUUUUUUUGCCAACUAUUUUCAUCUUAAAAUUAACAAUUUAGUUCAAUUCUUUAUGAUGUAAUGUAAUUGUAAUUUCAUCUAGUUUCUGAUAUAGAAGGUAAUAAACGACAAUAUUCUUCCAUUUCUGGAAGCUAAAGGAAACAAAUUCGGGUAAAUUUUUAUUCCAUUUCCGGUAUCGUUCUAUUUUUCUUUUUCUUUUUCUUUUUCUUUUCUGAAAAGGACACCAAUGGAAAGGAGUUCACAGUGGUUUUGCUUGACUCUGAAGGCAUAGACGCCGUGUCAAGUGAUGGAUCGGACGAUCACUGUAUUUUUACACUGACCAUUCUUCUGGCUUCGGUACUGAUUUACAACUCUGCUGGUGUACCGACCAGAACUGAUCUUGACGGACUAGAGUAUCCUUAAUCAGAGGUUUUGCUUUUUGAGCCUUAGAAUAGAUGUUUAUCUGGAGUAAUGACCUCCUUUAACUCUCAGUUCAGUUUCAGUAUUGCCGAUGACUAGAUAAAGGCAUCUUGAUUGAGUUUCUACCGAAAAUGAAAUAUCGACUACGUCAGAAAGUCGAGGAAGUCAAAUAAUUAUGUAUUUUUUAUGUGAAAGACGAAAGAUUUUGAGCUCAGUCGUCGAAUAAGAAGCAUUUGAAAGAGAAAACGAAAUGGAUGAAAUUAUUUUUCUCAAGGUAGGAAAAUAUUUUUCUUUGCCACGUUGGUGCCAACACGGAUAACUUCUAUAUUAUAAUUAAAUCUUCUACCACUUUUUACGGCCCACUUUUCAUAUCGAACUGGCUAUCAAAAGUAUUUUCUUUGUAUAAUUUAAAUAGCAAUUCUAAGUCACUGUAAAUGACGUCCUGCAAAUCAAAUUGGUUACGAAGAGAUCUUCUGACCUCCUGCAACAAUUUCUCGGGAGACAAAUCGAGCGAAGUGCGUGAAUUACGAAAAUGUAGUGUAAAAAAAAGAGAGAGAAAUUACUGUUACACGAGAUCAGCUAGGCACUGUGAACCACUGACAUCGUCGCAGUGAAGAGCAUAGAUAUCUAACAGAUCUGGAUUUCAAUAUGGAGAGGGUAGCUUUGUAUUGUCUACCUAUUUAAAAUGCAAGUCAGAUGAUUUCUUCUAUCAUUUUUUCUCGAAUCCUUAACAUUGAUCACAGCUUCAUCGUGAAACUUUCUCAGCGAAUUCAGCUUCGUUCGUCAGCACAAACGAGUGAUCCAGUUGGUGGAGAAAGUCUGCAAGCUGAUGCAAAUCAAUUUCAUAAAACAUUUCCCUUCUUCGUCUGGCUGCUAAGAGAUGUUGUGCUGUCUCUUCCAAAGGACUGUCACAGCAUCAAGGAUUACUUCCUGACAAGGGUGGGUUUAUAAAGUUUGUUUUCAAGGAUAACUUUAUGCCAAUUUGUUCGAGGUAACUUAUUAAUAAGUGUUAUGUCAUUGAGGCAUGAAUUCCACUUUUACUGUACAGUACUUUUCUUGGAUAAUACCAUUAAGGAAAACUCAGGAUCGUUGACAUGAAUUUCAUUGUUUUAACAGAUUGAACAGUAGAGAGAGGAAGGAAAAACACACGCUCACGAGCUACAGUGCUCAUUACGAAGAGUUGCUUUUCAGUUCUGAAGUACGGCUGUCAUCUUUAAAUACGGAAGUAAUUCAAUUGACGUUAGUUUUGUUGCAUCUAGGUUUUCUUGUCCGAUCCAACUUCAAAAGGCGACCAAUCAAAUCAAGUGGCAGAGAGUAUCUUGAACUUCUUCCCUGGGUUUGACGCUUUCAAGCUUCCUCCGCCUUCAUCAGACCCGGAAGUGGUGUUGAACCUUAACAGAGACGAGGUGCAGCAAGACGUGAACAAGUCAUUUGUCCGAGGGGUUCAGGAGUUCAAGGCACUGCUUAGGUCUAGGCUAUCACCUAAGCGCAGUUUUAACGAUGGAGAAUACGUAACUGGUGAAGGUAGGUGGAUUCCUCAGCCCUCUCCCCCUUACCCUCCCCCCCCCCCCCUUCUGCGCCCUGAAUCUACUUAAUUCAGGCAAACUAAAUUGAAACUUUCUAAUGAGUAUAUGGCAUCAAGGGAAUGGACGCAGUGCACAGUAUGACCUCUCACGGCCUAGUUGAAAAUCCAGGACAAAUGAAAAUCAGAUCCUUACUUCAUAACUUAUUUUCAACGAAAAGGCCUUGGGAAUUGAAUUGGGAUCAUUUCCUUCAGAGUCAUUCAUGUCAAGCAAGGACACCUUUUUUCCGUUUAUUUUGUGACUUUGCCUUAUAUGGAAAAUAGUCAUCAGAAAAAUUGAUCAUAGAUGCAGACAGCUUUUUUAGCGCCAGAUGUCUAGAGUUUCUGAUUAUAAAAAAUAGCUCUGAGUGUAAAUUUUUAGAGCACAGCUCAAAAAUUUGCGUUUUUCAUAAAUCCCAUAAAAUCUAAGCUUAUAACGUUUUAUAACUUUGUAGAAUUUGUACAAAAGAGACGAAAUUUGAGAUGGAAAACCCGCCUUUGUCAUACCCGUCAAAGAUAUUUAGUGACCGUAAAUUAUUUUUCCCUUUGAUCUUGACUACGCAAUGAAUGAAAUAUAAUUUUUCACUGAAAUUAAUAUUUUAUCUUUUUAUAAUCAUAGCUCUGGCAGCUCUCGUUAAUAUUUACGUUUCUGCCUUGAACACUCCUGGCACAGUACCCAGUGUGCAGAGUGCGUGGGAGACCUUUGUGCACACUAAGUGCACUGAGGCGAAACAUGCCGCCUUAAAGGUGUAUGAAAGUGUAAUGACGUCAGAGCUGGAUGGUUUACUGCCUUGUGACAGCGAUAAAAUUCGUCAGGUUCAGGAAAGAGCUAUUGGAGAGAGCAUGAGGAUUUUUCAGGAAGAAACUGUUGGAGUUUCCGCCUCGAGUAGCGAGAAGUAUUUGGAUGAGCUCAUGGUACGACUGCAACAUUACAGUGUUAUUAUGAAUGUGCUGAUCAUAAAAAUUUUCUCGCAUAAUGAGCUAACAAGCUUUUGAAGAUUGAAGGAUAUUCAUCCGUGGGUAGUUCAUGAAUUCAAUGGCAUUUUGAGUACAGGUGUGGCAAAUCAGCAGUUUUUCAUGAGUUAGUAUUGGCUCAGAGGUUCAUAAGUGCAGCUCCUGUUAGGAACACUCAGUACUUUAGUGUCCUGAGGACGCCUACGUUUCAUACUAAAACUACGACAUUCUUAUGAAAUAAGCAUCGUUAUUUCUUUUUAGGAGAGUAUGAACGAGGCGUUGAAACGAUGGCAGGAUGAGAACAAUCGACAAACGAAAGAACAAUGCCAUAAAUUGCUGAGGGCCUUGAAAGAAGAACACUUGGACCCCAUUCUGAGGGAGCUAAGCGGCAAGGAUGGAGCAUCAGUGAGCUUUGCUCAGAUCAUUGGUGGCUACUCAGCAAUUGAACAGGGAUUUAAACGUGACGCAAAGGGAGCCAAGGACAUUUGCGCUCAAGUGUUUUACGAGUUUCAUCCGGUAGGUGUAUGUGGGAUUUGUUUUGAUCAAUUGAAAACGUUCAAAUCAGUCCAGUGCAGUCGAGCAAGAUAUAAGCAAAGUAGUGGGCAAACCAUCGGCAAAACGAAUAAUCGGAUUUAAGUUAUAGGAAAUAUCACUACAAAUCCCUAUGUUUAUUCGUGAAGCCAAAUAAGUCUUCUAAACUCUUAUUUGGGCAUUGUAGGAAAUGCAGGCAGAGAUGGAGAAACACAUGGCGUAUCUACAACAGCUGAAAGACUUCGACGAGUCUUUGGCUUUCGAAAGACAAGAAAAGGCUCGUCAGGAGCAGGAGAGACAACGAAUAGAGGUGACACUUUUAAUAAUUAGCGAAAGAGAUACUAUUGCCCACGCACAUACCUACGUGUUACCUGAUUAUGUCUUUUAUUUCGAUCAGUCUCCCUAAAUUUGUUUUCUUACGCUUGUGUCAAAGAAUUUUGAGGGUAAACAUUUGUCGCGCGUGGAGUUACAGUAGAGCAGCUUAAUGGUAAUUGUACAAACUUGCCUCAAGCGCUAGCAUUGGAAAAACAAAAGCAGGAUUUGGUAUCAUGCCUUUGUCGGAGGCGUCGUGUUUUUCUUCCUGUAUGUUCUUACCUCAGUUUUAAAAUUAUAUAAAGCUUUUAAAGCACAAUUUAUCGUCUGAAAUUUUACUUUAUUGUGCAGAUUAUGUAUAUUAUGUAAAAAUUAGUACUAAUAAUGAUGACGAUUGGUGAUUACAAAAAUUUUAAUAGUAAUGGUAAAAACAUGGUUUAUGGAAUAUGCUACAAAUCCCACUGCAUUUGCGGCAAAAGUUGGUUCUCAUUGAAAUACCGAUUGCAACCUAUAUCAGUGAUGCGAAACGAUUUAUGAUUGAACUCUAGGAAGAGAAUGCUCGGUUGGAAGAGGAGAGGCGUGCAAAAGAAAAAGAGGUGGGUUUCCUCGUAUCUGUUUUUUUUUUUUUUUCGUUUGCUUUUUGGUUUAUUGGGUGAUUUUGUUUGUUGCCGUUGUUGCCGUUGUUUUUUGUUGUCUUUGCUUUGUUUCUUUACUUUACACGGGUGUUACUUGAAGGUAACAUACAAAGUGUUAGCACAUCAUCCAUGAUCACUUUUUCGUGGGUUACUUCCAUGUUUGUGCAAUACUAAUACCAUUCUACCGAUGUCCCUAUUCCCCCCCCCCCCCCAAGUCUGAUUAAUUGCCAUUUUCUCCUAUGCUCCAGUUCAAUUGAAAGAUUGAGUAGACAUAAGUUUAAAAAUGUUUUAGAUGUCAAUUAUCGAAUUUUGUUUUGUGUUCCAGAUGGAAAUUCUGAAAGCUAAGCAAGAGGAAGACAGGAAACGCUUGGAAGAGCAGUUUAAAGCGGACAUGCAAGCCCAAAGGGAGCAAAUGCACAAUAUGAUGACAGCAAACAUGGAGGAGCUGCGAAAGGAUCGAGAGGCAAUUGUCCAGCAGAAUCAAACCUUUAAGGAGUCAAUGGAGCAGAUGCGGCAGUCAAUGGAAAAAAGAAAUGACCAAAUUGUCGAGCUUCAGAAGCAAAUUGUUGCUCUCGCAAACAGACCACCUCCUCCCCCACAAAAGAGAGGAAUUUGUGUUAUUUCGUAA